UCCAAUCUCGCGUCCCCUUUUUGCUUCUUCACUUUGCUUCUCUCUUUUUCUCUUUCGUUCUUCUUUGUGAAUUCCCGUGAUUUUUCGCGGAGGUUUUCUCGGGAAAAAAAUCUAAGAAGGUUCGAGAUUGAGACACGUAAUCUCCGGCAUCUUCGGGAGCGAGUGAGAUCUGACCGAGUCUCCUGUAAUUUCCGAUGGGAACGCUUCAGUCAUGGCGAAAAGCUUAUGGAGCCUUAAAAGACACCACCAAAGUCGGCCUUGUCCGAGUCAACAGCGAUUACGCCGACUUAGAUGUUGCCAUAGUCAAAGCUACUAAUCACGUCGAGUGUCCUCCUAAAGAUCGGCAUCUCAGAAAAAUCUUCGCUGCAACAUCAGUGACCCGUGCUCGUGCAGAUGUUGCCUAUUGCAUUCACGCCCUUUCCCGUCGCUUGCAUAAAACCAGAAAUUGGACGGUUGCACUGAAAACACUAAUUGUGAUUCACCGACUUCUAAGGGAAGGAGACCCGACAUUUAGAGAGGAGCUCUUGAACUUUUCGCAGAGAGGUCGAAUUCUGCAGCUUUCUAAUUUCAAGGAUGAUUCAAGCCCUAUUGCCUGGGAUUGUUCAGCUUGGGUACGAACUUAUGCAUUAUUCCUUGAGGAGCGGCUUGAAUGCUUCAGGGUUUUAAAAUAUGAUACUGAGGCAGAACGUCUUCCAAAAUCUACCCCAGGGCAGGAUAAGGGGUACAGUAGAACCAGGGAUCUAGAUGGUGAAGAACUCUUGGAGCAGUUGCCAGCUUUGCAGCAGCUUCUCUAUCGUCUCAUCGGAUGCAGGCCAGAAGGCGCUGCUAACCACAAUCAUGUUAUACAAUAUGCACUUGCCCUGGUGUUGAAGGAGAGUUUUAAAGUCUACUGUGCUAUCAAUGACGGAAUUAUCAAUCUCAUUGACAAGUUCUUUGAAAUGCCAAAACAUGAAGCCAUGACUUCCCUUGAAAUAUACAAGCGUGCGGGUCAGCAGGCUCGUAGCCUUUCUGACUUCUAUGAAGCCUGUAAAGGAUUGGAACUCGCAAGGAAUUUUCAGUUUCCUGUACUAAGAGAGCCCCCACAAUCUUUUCUGACGACAAUGGAGGAGUAUAUUAAAGAAGCACCGCGUGCUGUCGAUGCCCCAGCUGAGCCCCUGCUUUUAACUUAUAGGCCUGAUGAUGGACUUCCUGCCGAAGAUAGUGAACCGUCUCAUGAAGUACGUGAAAUGUUGCCUUCAGAUGAUGUCGUUCCUUUACCUGAAGAGACUGAACCUUCUCCCCCGCCUCCUCCUGCAGCUACCACUCAGAACAUCAUUGAUACAGAUGAUCUACUGGGUCUGAACACUGCUGGUCCUGAUGCAUCAGCGAUCGAGAACCAAAAUGCACUUGCUUUAGCCAUUAUUCCAACUGAUGGUAACCCUUCAACGCCUCGUUUUGGUCAAGCAAACGAUUAUGAUCCUUCAGGAUGGGAGCUUGCCUUGGUAACAACACCAAGCAACGAUAUCUCUGCAGCCACUGAUAGGCAAUUGGCUGGAGGCUUGGAUACGCUUACACUGAACAGUCUAUACGAUGAUGGAGCCUACAUAGCUUCCCAGCGUCCUGUCUACGGUGCACCAGCUCCCAACCCAUUUGAGGUCCAGGAUCCUUUUGCAUCGUCCAAUAGCACUCCGACACCUCAGCAGCCAGCUGUCAACAAUCCGUUCGGUGCUUACCAACCAACUUAUCAUCAGCCUCAGCCUCAGCAGCCGCAGCAGCAGCUAGCACCCAGCCCCCCUACCAAUAAUAAUCCAUUUGGUGAUUUUGGUGAAUUCCCGGUUAACCCGGUUUCGCAGCAGCCAAAUACCAGCGGGUUUGGUGAUUUCGCGGUAAACCAACAAAAUAACCCGUUCCGCAGCACUGGCCUCCUUUGAUCAUGUUUUCACGUUUGUAUCUUCAUUGGUUUUGGUGGAGGGAGAGAGCGAGAUGGUUUUUAUUUGUGAGUAAUGGAAUCUCAUGAUUGGUUUGAUCUCUGUUCUUAUUGCUUGUAGAACGAUGAUAUAUUUCUGGGAUAUAUGCAUAUAUAUGAGUAAAUCCCCUUCUUUGCACUCUCAAAA